UUCGCACCGCUAGGCUCUUCAAGCAGCAAAAGUUCAACCUCCUUCGCGAGGAAAAUGAAGGUUAUACUGCCCUCAUCACCGAAAUCCUCACCAAUCUCGGCCCUUCCGUAGCUCCAGUCCGGCUUCAACCAUCGAGUCGGCUUGAUUUCACUGCCCCGGCUGCCAUCUUCGCCGCUGAUUCAGUCACCGUCGUCGAAACCGAAUCGCCGCUUGUUCGAAAUCGUCGCGCAGCACGCGUCAUGAACAACGUACAAGCGCUCAUCGGCUAUUUUGACCUGGAUGCUAACCGUGUUUUUGAUGUUAUCCUCGAUCUAUUCGCCGCCGAAAUCAUGCGCCAUUACCCUUUCUUCCUCGCUUUGCUUGCCUUGCUUGCCGAAUCUCCCUGCGCAAAUGUGGACGCACCAUCCGCUUCAGCAUCCACCUCCAACGGCACUGCUACCAACCUCUUCGCCGGUAUCGAUCUCGACCUCUCAUCUGACUCGGGCGAUCGUAUCUGUGCUCAACUUCUCGGCUUCAAAUUUGCACACUACUGCCACCCCGACACCAACGAGGCCACUCCGGACGAGCUCUACUUUCUUGCCGCUCUUCUCAUCAAAGUUGGUCUUGUCCGUUUCGCCGACCUCUACCCUCACCUCUCACCCAACGAACAAGACAUGAACAAGCUUCACGCCAAACACCGUCAAGCCAUGUCUGCCAAAGUAUCCAGCGCUCGAGCCAACGCUCUCUCUAUGGCUGCGCCUCUCACCGACGACACAGACUCAUCCUCUACACACAAAGAUUCAUCCAAAGCCACCGCCGAUGCUGCUCCGAAGGAGCCACCAUACCAGAUUGUCGGUCUACUCCGAGCUUUACUUGCCUUUGGUGACUUGCGACACGCCCUGUUCAUCCUCACACGCUACCCGUGGCUCUGCUCCGCUUUCGACGAAAUCGCCGACCCAUUCAUCCGCUUGCUGAACGUCAUCAUACAGCCCGCUUACGACGAGAUAUCCUAUUCUCGUAUGAACCCAGCACUCGCGAGUGCGGCUGUUACAGCGCCUAGGCCGCGUUGGGAUAGCAAACGGCAGGAGGUCGUUCCACCGACUGUCAAGAGCCUUGUCUUGACUCGCAAAGUGCCCGAGCCUGCCCCUUCCUUGAAUUGCCAGCAGGUCUUCUUCUAUCCUCACUGGACUGACUCACUACCUACCUGUCGCAAUCUCGACGACGUUGUUCGUAUCUUUCUGCCACUCCUCAAGGUGCUGGGCGUAUCUUUGUGGAGGGACGCCGCGCUGCUACAGAAAGUCUGCCGCCUCACCAAGGUCGGCUUCCGGCUGGCCAAUGCUACAGUCACCGCCGAUUCAUCAGCAUCAGCCGACAUGUUCGAUGAUUUUGGCGAGUCCCAACAACAAGACGAGGCUCAGAUCUGGUACGACGUCUUGCGCUUCCAUCUUUUGCCGGCACUUUCUCUCUCUCCAUCCAAUUCGGGCAUCGUUGACGAGAUCUGGAUGCUGGUCCGCAUCAUGCCGUACGAGAAGCGCUUCUCGCUAUACGGUCAAUGGAAGAACGAACUUUACCAGCUUCCAGAGCUUCGCGCAGCCCAAGCUUCUACGGAAAAGGAGGCUAAGGGCAUUCUUAAACGAAUCAGCAAGGACAACCUCAAGCAAUCUGGUCGCAAUCUUGCCAAAGCCUCGCACUCCAACCCUACCAUCUUCUUCACAAUCGCCUUGAACCAAGUCCAGGCGUAUGACAAUCUGAUCCAGCCACUGGUCGAAUCCGCAAAAUACCUUUCCCAAUUCGAGUACGACAUCUUUUCCUUCAAUCUUGUCGACGCGCUCAGCAAUCCAGAAAAGGAACGAACCAAGCAAGACGGUACCAACAUCAGCUUGUGGCUCAAGAGUCUCGCUGCCUUUUGUGGCACCCUCUUUCGCCGCUACGCCAUGAUGGACUGCACUCCCAUUCUGCAAUACCUCGUCAACCAGCUCAAAGCCAACAACUCCAAGGAUCUGGUCAUCAUGUCGGAACUCAUCACCAAAAUGUCCGGAAUCGAGCCAUUGGCCAAUCUCGCCGAUGCACAGAUCGCCGCUCUGACCGGCGGCCGACACUUGCACAUGGAAGCCAUGAUGGCCGUCAACGCACUCACUGGUAGCAAGGAGCGUCUCGCCUAUCGUCGUUCGGGACAACGCCUACUGAACGCUCUGAUCGAAAGCAAGCUCUCUGUUCCCCUUCUGAUACUCGUCGCCCAACAGCGUCAGGCUUGUAUUCACAUUGUACCGGAGAGCGAGGCGCACCUCAAGUACCUCGGCAAUCUGUAUGACUCAUGCCAAGAAGUGCUGCUGCAAUACGUCGAGUUCCUCUUCAAUCAUCUCGAGACUGCCGACUACGCCUCGCUCGUACCUUCGCUUCAACAUCUCUGCGUUCGCUUCGGUAUCGAGCCUGCCAUGGCCUUCUACAUUUCCAGACCCAAGCUCGUACAUAGCAUGAGACAGGUCGAGGCGGCAGAAGCAGCAGAAAGGCUGCGCGCCGAGCUUACAGCGAGUCGCGCAAAGGCCAAGGCAGCCGAAGAUCAACUUGCUAUACCCGAUGAAGCGCGACCAAAUCCCUCAGCGCAGCUACAAGGCUCCGCACUAGCGGCAAAUCCAAACAAGGAUGCUGAUGUCGUGAUGGAGGAUGUCGAAGCGUCCACGUCUGACACAAAGGACUCGGAAGCGAACGAUACGAGCGGAAAGGAGGCAGACACCGCGGCACCCGGCAUUGUGGCCGAGGGAGGGAAAGACGAACCCUCGUCACCAGCGGCAGAGCCAUGGCACAAAGGUUUGCUGGAUGCCAUCGCGGCUGCCAAGAAUAUGCUGCCCGAAUCUGCGCAAACUAGCCUUGGGGUUCACUUUUAUGUCACUUUCUGGCAGCUCAGUCUCGCUGAUGUUAGUGUCCCCAUCGAGCGGUACCAGCAGGAGGUUAAGCGACUCAAUGCCCUCAUCCGCGAUACCAACAUCGAUGAGCAGCGUACGCGCCUUCAAGAUACCAUUGGUCAGCUCAAUGCCGAGAUGAAGGAUCAGAUGAAGUCGCAUGAAGUUACACGCAAACGCCUCUUGGCAGAAAAGGACCACUGGUUUCGCGACAGUGCGGAUCGAGGCGCCAUCGUGACGCAUCUGAUCCAAUACUGUCUUUUCCCACGUGCCCUUCUCUCUCCGACCGACGCAAUUCUUGCGGGAAAGUUCAUUCGCACGGCGCACAACCUUGGUACGCGCAACUUUUCCAGUCUCACCGCCUACGACAAGGUCUUUGUUGACCACAUUUCUGCCGUCAUAUUCUCUUGCACCGAGAACGAGGCGCGCAACUAUUCGAGAUUCCUCUGCACCGUUCUAUCCGACCUCACCCCAUGGCAUCGUCAGGCCGAAACGUAUGCCAAAGAGGCGAUUGGACAGAAGCUGCCCGGCUUCCAGAUGCGGUGGCAUGACCGCCACGGUGGUGAAGAGAUUCCUGCAGCUGACCUUCUCUCGUGGGAAAAGUUCCGAAUCAUCUUCUGCAAGUGGCAGGACUGCCUCCAGCGAGCUUUCAAGAAUUGUCUGUCCUCCGGCGAAUACAUGCGCAUUCGUAACACUAUCAUCGUGAUGACACGGAUCUCCCCCUUCUAUCCGCUGAUCGAAUCCAAUGGCACCGAAAUCAGCGCGCUGGUCGAGGCACUUGCAGCCAACGAACAACGUGGAGACCUCAAGAUUCUCGCACAGGGUCUGCUGGCCACUCUCAAGUCCCGCAAGAAGUCGUGGAUUCCCUUGCAUCAGGCCUGUACGGUGCCAAACCCUCCGACCGUGGUAAAAACUCCAGCUUCGAUCCCUCCUCCUCAUCCCAACAAUGCUGGCAAGGCAGCAACGGCAACACCCAUCCCCAUCUCCUCUUCUUCCUCCUCGGAAAAGGAUACCCAGGCGCCACCGGAUAAGGGCAAGACACAAGCAUCGUCAUGGCCCAAAGAGACGGCGAAUACCAUCCCGCAGGCACAGCCAAGGAAAGAAACUGCAGCCAGUGUCUCGUCUCUCUCUAACAGUGGCACUGCGGACAAAGUAACCGAGAAGGCCGGCACGCCUGUCGCAGCAGCGCCGAGAGCUUCAGCUGCAUCGGCAGGAGCAAGCAGCCGUGGACCGGCUACAAGGGUCCCACCCAGCGCAAACCUGCCAACUCGUCCAGCGCUUGCUUCGCAGAAAACAGCGCCCACAGAGCCCAAAGAUCGACGAUCAGCUCUUCCAAGUAGCUCAGCAUCCAAUGAGCCUCGGCGAGGAGCCGAGCGGGGCAGCACCAAGGUGGACGAAGCUUCGGGACGUGGUGCUGCUGGUGGGCGUAGCCAGGCUGUGCCACCAUCUGGGCCUCGCGGCGAGCUUGCACGCGAUGUUGGACUCCCCUCGCGCCCUUCACGUGAGCCUACAGCGUUCAACGAUCGCAGCAGUGCGAGCAAUGGAGCGGGACAUCGACAUGUGCCUUCUCAAGUACCUCGUGAAUCCAUCGACAAGCCGCUGGCACGUACAACAGUCACGAUGACUCCACCUACUGGACCUGCCAGCACCUCGAGCGCACAAGCAGUACGCUCUCGCGCCGAACGCGAUCGUAGUGAGCGUUCGGCGUCAGCUUCCUUGGUUCCAAUCAACAAGGACAAGGAUGAGCGAGAACGUGAGCGUGUACGCGAUCGCAAUGAUCGCCAAAGCGACCGCGACAAGACACGCGUUUCGGAGCGCGAACGUGAACGCGAGCGCGAGCGUGAUAAGGAUCGGGAUCGACGCGAACGAGAGCGGGAACGGGAACGGGAACGGGAUCGCUCUGCUCGAGACCGCGAUCGUGAUCGUGAUCGUGAUCGAGACCGAGACCGUGAAAAUGAACGCGAACGCGAACGCGAAAGGGAGAGGGAGAGGGAGAGGGACAAAGAGGUACGCGAUCGGGAGCGGACACGAGAGCGGGAGCGUGCAAGCAGCAAUCGGGGACGUGAUCGAGAAGAUAGGCGGCGAGAGGGCGGGAGCGCGCAAGCAAGUCGGAAUGGCACGCCCGUGCGCGAUGUUGGGGAUGCGUCGCGUGCAAGCGGCUUCAACACGCCGCUUGCUCCUCGUCAAGAUCGCGAAGCACAGCAGCAGCAUGAUCGCGAAUCGGUAGCAGCUACAACCAGUUCGGCUCGGUCUACGCCGGGCGUUGGCGCGCCCACGGACGAAGUGCGCAUCCGCACUGCGCCGGAAGCUCAAAGAAAACGCACACUGGUUGAUCGGCUCGGCGGCUCGGCGGCUGCGUCCUCGGGCAGCGCAUCUCCGAUUCGCCCUCCCGGAAUCGAGACGGAUCCACGCGUGUCGAGAGACGUUGCUGAUUCGGCCAAACGCAUCAAGAUUGACCGCACUCAGAAGUACGCCAAUGCACGUCCACACGCGCCUUCCACGAUCCCUGAUGCACCGCAGUCGGACAGGAGGCAGCAGCCAUCCUCUCGCAACUCGUUCGGCUCCGCAGCUCGUCGUGAUGGCGGCCGCGAUCACCGGCGAGAUCGCUCGGCCCGCAGAGCCGGCAACGCAUGA